CUGCUCUCUCGCUCCCCGCCGUACCCUCUCCCUUUCUCCUUUACUCUCAUUUUCAUUCUCUGUCUCCCUUCGUACCAGAAGCGCGCGAAGCGGUGGCUGUGUAGGGACGCUAGCAGCCGGAAUAGAAUGAGGAUUCGAUAACAGAUGCAAAUUAUCCUGAAAGGACGCGACAAAAUAUGAAACAUAUCAUUUACAGAGGCGUAAAUGACAGAAAACUGUUUGGGAACUGGCUUCCUGCACCAGAACUGUGAUGUUGGAUCUCUUAAGCGUCGUGUAGUCGUGGAAGCUGAAUAUCCGUGGCUUUAAAAAGGCUGUUAUAAAGGUAUACAAACACAACUUCUCCCGUUGAUGGACGAUUAUUGUGGUCUUUAUUUAUUUUUGCUUCAGAAUAAUCGGGUGUGGCUAGUCUGUACCAGGCUCACGUACUAAUACAAUUCAAUAUAAAACUACCACUUAGUCAAAAACAACAUCGACCGCAGCAAAAAAUGAGCUCCUAUUUUGUCAACUCCCUCUUCUCCAAAUAUAAAAGUGGUGAUACAUUACGCCCUAAUUAUUACGAGUGCGGUUUUGCGCAGGACCUUGGAACUAGACCCACUGUCGUUUACGGUCCAAGCACAGGAGCAACUUUCCAGCAUGCCCCACAGAUUCAGGAGUUUUACCACCACGGCGCGUCCACGCUCUCGGCUGCACCUUACCAGCAAAGUCCAUGUGCCGUAACCUGCCAUGGCGAACCUGGUAACUUUUAUGGCUACGAUGCUCUCCAAAGGCAAACACUUUUCAGUGCCCAGGACACCGACUUGGUCCAAUAUAGCGAUUGCAAACUCGCCUCGGGAGGCAUCGGCGACGAGACUGACAACACGGAGCAGAGUCCUUCUCCUACGCAGCUGUUUCCGUGGAUGCGACCACAAGUAGCUGCCGGACGCAGACGAGGUCGCCAGACCUACAGCCGCUACCAGACACUUGAGCUGGAGAAAGAGUUCCUCUUCAACCCGUACCUGACACGCAAAAGGCGCAUUGAGGUGUCGCAUGCCUUAGGACUGACUGAACGACAGGUCAAGAUCUGGUUUCAAAACAGACGUAUGAAAUGGAAAAAAGAAAAUAACAAGGACAAAUUUCCCAGUAGUAAGUCUGAACAGGAGGCAAUUGAAAAGGAAAAGCGGGAUAAGGAACAAGCGACUGGAGCACAGUCAGCAAAAGAAGACUGCGAGAAAUCGAAACAAAUAUAGGACGGAUAUCAAGAAAAGACAGCAAUCAGGAGCGCACGCGCGCGAGCUCUCUCUCUCUCUCUCUCUCUCUCUCUCUCUCACACACACACACACACACACACACACACACACACACACACACACACACACACACACACACACACACACACACACACACACAC